AAGAUACGUCUCUUAAAAACAUGUGUUUAAUUGCUAUUGGGCAGAGGAAAAGUUUCUCUCUCACUCGACGAAGAACGACGAUUUCUUCUGGUGCUUCCACCGUUUCUCAACUUUCUUCUCAGAAGCCGCCGACGGAGUUGUGUCGCGACCUGCUCGGACCUCGUUUCAGGCUGUCUCUGACUGCCUUCGCCUGCUCCGCCGCUUCUUCCGUCGUUAAGCGAGAUUCUCUUCACGAUCAGGUAAUCUUGCGGAAGCUUGGGGUUUGAUUAGGAAAACAUUCGUUGAUCCAACUUUCAAUCAUCAGGAAAACGAUGGUGGAGAUGUUUCCUUUAAGAUCAGCAUAUGCUGCUUAUGGAAAGAUCAAAGCUAAGCUCUUUACUCUUGGUGAUCCUUUUACUCGGAUCAUUAGUCCAAGGGAGUAGGAAAGUUUCAGAAUUGGUAGUGAUUGAAAUCUACAAGGCCACAGGAGCUAGGCCAUAUUCUGGCAAAGUUGGUGUGGAAGUUGUCGAUAGAGUUGACAUGGCUUAUAGAGUGGUUGCGGAUCAUAUUAGGACGCUCUCAUUUGCUAUCGCUGAUGGCUCUCGUCCUGGUAUGUCUCGAAAUCCACUUAAUGACUGUGUGGUGAGUGUCUUUCAUGUAUGUAGCGAAUCACAAGGUUCCAAAACCAGCAGCUGUUGCAAAGCAUGAGGU